AAACGUUUCUGUAUUGUUAUUUUCUGGUGGCUAGGUUGUGAUUGCAAUGGAUGUUAAAUGUGAAGUUGGUUCUAGCGAUGGCAAUUGCUGUUACACAGAUUCUUCGUCAUCCAGUGAACUCAACGAGGAUAAUGAUCGUAGGGACCAAGGAGUUGAGAUAACUAAAGGGACUCUUAAUUCGAUUUUAGACGAUAAUUCACGUACGUUUGAAUUUCUAAGAAGUUUUGGUGUUCUUGCUGAUAAGUACAUAUGUGCUACAUGCCGAAAGCCAAUGUCCUGUACUAAGGUUCCACCAAAAAGAAGUAGGGAUCAGCUUAUGUGGCGAUGCCGAAAACACAACAUGUGGAGGUCCGUCCGCAAAGGGACAUGGUUUGAAAGUGCGAGGCUUACCAUUAGAGCUAUAGUGUUGAUGACGUACUGUUUCUGUAUGCGUAAGUCUGUGUUGUCGACAAGUCGCAUUGCAGGAUUGAGCGACAGAAGUGCCCUCGACUGGUUUCUGUCGUGUAGGGAAAUUUGUUCAGCGUUACUGAAGAGAAGAGGAAAGAUAGGAGGCCCAGGUGUUGUGGUUGAGAUGGACGAAUUGCCUUUUAGGCGUGUUAAAUAUGAUUUGGGAAAGUGGAUGGCAGAAGUCUGGGUUUGGGGAGCAGUCGUUUGUGGGAAAGAACACGGGCAGCUGGUUUUGAAAAUGGUCGAGAAGAGAAACGCGAGGACUUUGCAAUGUCUUCUCGAAGAACAUAUCGAAGACGGGACUGUUAUAUGUUCAGAUAAGUGGAAGAGUUAUGAGGAUGAAGGGGAAGUGGACCUUCAGACUUUUGCAGCUGAUCACAAUUAUCAGUUUCGCAAUAAAUUGAUUGGUACUAUGGAGCAACAUUGGGAGGGCAUACAGAGAGUUGUGGGGAGAGGGAAGAGAAGGCUCGGUAGUUUGCAGGGCCAUUUGGACGAAUAUGUUUGGAGGGAGAGUGUGAUUGGACAGGGGUGUGUGUUUCAUUCUUUCAUGCGAGGUGUGGGAACGCUUUACGUACCGUGUGUAGAGGACCCUACACCGGCACUGCAGGACUCUAGGCGUGUAGCAGAACACUCCAAGCCGGCAGCCGGAGUGCUGAUACCUGUAGCAGUAAAGCAAGAACCUUCCUCUCCAUUAGCAGCUGGAGACGCAUCGCCAGCAGCAGUAAAGCGAGAGCCUUCACUGUCACCAGAUGAAUUCGAAGACCCGACACCAGUAGCAGUAAAAGAAGAACCUUCGCUGUCAGCAGCAGGUCCAUCCUCACCAGUAGCAGCUGCAGUGAACGUUACAGUGCAGCCAAAGGAGAGGCCUACGAGGCACAGGAAACGUUUGGUACGCGAGGAUUUUUGGUAUCCCACCUCGUUUCAGGACUUUUGUGAUGCGGAGUUAGAGGAUUAGGACAAGGUUUUGGUGUAAUGUUCCUUUAUUUUCGGUUCAUCUGCCAGGUUGGCGUAUCUGGCAAAACACUUUAGAAAUGGUCAUUUUGAAACUUUGUCUGUAUGGAGGCAUUUUUUGUGAUGGCCCUUUGCUCAUUUGCACUGUCAGUUUAUCCUCGUGACAUUUGAGUGAAGACUGUUUGUAACUUUGUGGUCUGUGAACUUGACUUUUAACCGAAAGUGUAAGGAAGAUAGAAUGCCAGUGGUAAUAGCUGAUCAGGAAACGAUGCAGCUUCCUCAUCGAGAUCUAGAUUUGAAACAGGAUAGCAGUUAGACCCAGUCGAGUGUAAGGCUGCUAUUAUACACCAGAGACUGGCCCUACUGGUCCGACUGGCGUGUGUGGGCAGAACUGACAGAGCUGCAAAUGAGCCCAGACCUUCACCUAAGGAUAAAAGUUUGUGGUGACACACGUCCCAGACAAUCAGCUCUGCUCACUCGAGUGUCGAAGAGGUCGGCUGUACGUUUACUGAAGAACUGACCCUCAGACUGUAAUAACUCAGGUGCCAGGUUCAGAUUUAGGUCACAAUGCAGAAAACAGAAGAUUUCUCACAGAAUAACAUUCUUGUACACUUGCACCAAUGACAAAGCAGUUACAGCAGAGGUAGAGAAAUUUAAAUACUUAGGGACAUACAUUGACAAAAGUGGACUGGGUAAUAGCAAAGUAAAACACAGAAUACAACAAAGCAGAAAAGCAAUUGGAUGCAUCAGUUCUUUUGUGGACCGAGAACAUUUCUAACGACAAUAAGAAAACGGUGGGUAGGCCGAUGGUCAAGUCUGACCUGUGCUACGGAUCGGAACCACGGAUUUUAAAUGUUCACCUUUGAAGAAGACUAAUAACUGUGGAAACCGAUUAUUUGAGGAGGAGCUUCAGAAUAUCGAGACUCGAGGAAAAAAGUAAUGACGAGUUGAGAGCUCGAAUGAGCGCAGACGAAACAGUGGUAGAACUGGAAAAAAAUCAUUAAAGUGGUAUGCUUAUUUACAGACUAUGCCAGAUCAAUAGGGGUCAAAGAAAAUUUUUUAAGGGAAACCACGUGACAGAUAUAAAUACGGCAGACCGUAGCGUUCUCGGAAAUGCCACAUCGACUAAAUAAUGGAAUGUUGAGGUGUGCACGAAGAGCGAGCCUCAGUAGAGAGGCGUGGCAGAAGACAACAACAAUACAGCAUAAUGUUUUAUUUAUGUAUGUAUUAAUCAAUAUAAUAAUAAUAAUAAUAAUAACUGUAAUAAUAAAUAAGAAAGCUCUCGGUUUCACAAUAUUUAUUUCAGUUAAUGUAUUCUAAUGUCACAAUUCAUUGAUUUCAAUGUUCAUAUAUAAACUCUAUGUUAUUACAGACA